AUGGCGCUUUGCCAGAACAGGCUCCAGGAGGAGAGAAAGGCGUGGCGAAAGGACCACCCCUUCGGCUUCUACGCAAGGCCAGCUCGCACACCAAAUGGCACGCUUGAUCUGAAGGUGUGGGACUGCGGUAUCCCCGGAAAAGAGAAGACAAUGUGGGAGAAGGGUCUAUUCAAGCUGACCAUCACGUUCCCUGAUGAGUACCCUACGAAACCGCCGAAGUGCAAGUUCGUUCCUCCGCUUUUCCACCCCAACGUCUACCCCUCCGGAACUGUUUGUUUAUCGAUUCUCAACGAGGAGGAGGCUUGGAAGCCCGCGAUCACUGUUAAGCAGAUCCUACUCGGCAUCCAGGAGCUGCUGAAUACUCCCAACCCGGAAUCGCCAGCCCAGGCUGAGGCGUAUAGUCUCUUCAAGAAGGACAAGAGUGAAUACGAGAAGAGAAUCCGGAGGGUUGUCAGGGAGAACCCAGCUCCCUGA